GCGUGACGACACGAGGAGAUUGCAGGAGAGUAUAAAAGAUCGUAGGCGUUCUAAAAUUUCGUUCACAUUAGCAAGACUAAUCGAAGCAUCAGCACCAUGAAGUUUUUAAUCCUCUUUGUUGCACUUUUCGCCAUGGCCGCAGCUGUGCCUCAUAGAAAUGAAUUUGGAGGUGAAUUUGGAGGUCGAUUCGGAGGCGGAAUUGAGGGCCAACAGCAGCAGCAGCAAGAAGGAUUUGGAGGUGGAUUCGGAGGUGGAUUCGGAGGCCAACAACAGCAACAGCAGCAGGAUGGAUUUGGAGGUGGAUUCGGAGGUGGAUUCGGAGGCCAACAACAGCAACAGCAGCAGGAUGGAUUUGGAGGUGGAUUCGGAGGUGGAUUCGGAGGCCAACAACAGCAACAGCAGCAGGAUGGAUUCGGAGGCUGGUAGAGACCAAGAUCCAUAGGAACUCCUUAACGCAAAUACACCAAUAAAAAAAUGACACCUUAAUACAGAA